AUUUUACAUACCACUAGCAUUAACUACACAUAAGACAGUCCCUACCAGCCCCAUUAAUACCAGACCGAACUAUGGAGGACAGCACUUAUGUCUGAGGAGUAUUCACUCAAGUAUUUCAAACACUUCACUUGACUAAAUGGGGAAGAACAUGAAUCUCAUCCCUUCUCUGUUGUUACUCAACAAGCACAAAGAAAUAUGGCUAUGGCCUUCCUGCAAGCAGCCAAAAACCCUCUCUUUCCGAGCGACCACAGAUAAUUCGGUGUUUAUGGAUCCUAAGGAGUCGUUGGCUGAGGCAGAAGUUGAGCUGACAACGCUUGGUUCCUACUUCACCAACUCAUCAGAAUCUGCCAGCAUGUCGACGGAGUCAGAAAAGUACUUUGAGAACAAUGAGUGCUCCUCCAUGGAGACGGUUGUACGUGGGGUCAAGUCUGAACGGUUGUUUUUUGAACCCGAUCCCACAAGUUCGAUACUUGAAACUCAAGGGAGUAGUAGGCAAUGUACGCCUGUAGAUAUCGGUGCUAGUGAUGGUCGUGUUUUGCCAUAUAAAGAGAGUGUGGCGAUGGAGAUGGAAUCUGAGAAUCCUUACGGGGAUUUUAAGAAGUCGAUGAAGGAGAUGGUGGAGACUCAUGAUUUGAAAGAUUGGGAUUGUUUGGAGGAGUUGUUGGGAUGGUAUUUGAGAACGAAUGGGAAGAACAAUCAUCAGUUCAUUGUUGGAGCUUUUGUUGAUUUGCUUGCUGGGAUUUCUGGUGAUUGUGUUUCCUGUUCUGAUCAUUCUAUAGUUUCUUUCACUUCAGCUGCUUCCACGUUUUCUUCUCCCAUCUCAUCUCCUUUAUAUCAAGUUGGUAGAGAGAAGAUCAUCGAGCAAGAAAAAAUGGCUUUCAGUUUUAUAAAAUUUUAUUAUCCAAUUUAUGUUACUGCUAGGAGUAUUUGCACUUUUGGAACUUGAAGGAGAUACUACGAUAAGUUAUAUAUUAAUUCAUAUUAUGCACGAGACCUUGAUAUCACAAUGUUUAUAUAAUUUUGAAUUAUUUAUUUGUAAGUUGUAGCAAAAAACAAAUUGUAGUGAUGAGACGAAAUAUAU